AUGGCAACGAAAGAUCAUGCUGUACCGGAAGCAAUGCAGCCAUUGAAGGAAGAGCCUGCUUCGAAGCCAGCUACCAACCCAGAAGUAAAGGUUGUGCCGGAGCCUCGCACGAAAUUCAAGGGAAAGCAAGAGACAGCGGCUGAAACAAGCUCAUCUUUGUACAAGAACAAAGACAUACCACCAACUAGCGAUACGAAAAUGCCAGCUACAGAGUCUACAACGAUUGCGUCCGUCUCGUGGAUAGGAUGGCUUGCUGGUGGUAACGAUACUCAAAUAGAACCUUCACAAACGGCCAGCCUACAGAACGACCAAGAAAUAGUUCAGUCGAACCCUUUUAACGCGUCGAGCCUAAAGGUCAAGCCUCAAACAGAAGAGGCUUCGCAGCCGCAGUCAGACAGUAUACAAUCCGCACAACCUGGGCCAUCUGGGCUCGAUAAGAAUCAGGUACAGUCUAGCACAUCCGCGCAAAGGCGGAGCUGGCUCCCAUUGUGGAACAAUGCCUCUGCUGCACAAUCUGCGCCAAAUAUUGCUUCGCCUCUCAAAGACGUUAAGGCGCAACCACUACCGGAUACGACACCCAGUCUAGCUACAGCUGUGGUUCAGGGACCGGAACCUGCGGAGUCGAGCAGCGCCACAACCACUACAGAAUCCUCAAUCCCACCUCCUCAACCUAGUAACGCAGGCAAAUCAUCUGCAUGGGUCUUUUGGUCGCGGGACAAAGGCGCAGAAAUUCAAUCUUUGAAGGAUGCACCACGCGAAGGCGAGCUCGCUGUGGCAAAUACGGAAUCAGAGAACAAGCCUAGACGAACUUCCAUUGAUAUGCAGAAACCAGCGAAGCGCACUUCGUUAGGUUCGAGUAGUUCAAAGGAGAAUUCGACUCUUCAGAAGGAUAAGAAAGUCAGGCCAAACACGAAGACUUCGUCCGAUCUGAAACAGACUGAUUCUGGAGCAGUCGUGCAGACUACCAAAGCCGAGAAUAAGGAAGCGUCAGCUACUGCAAUAGCCCCAGCGGACGCCGAGACAUCUAAGCCUGCGACAGUUGUGCCUGCAAAAAGGAUAUACGAGCACUUACUGCUACCGUCCUUGUAUGAUACAUUGAAAUUACCCGAAGACCCCUCGCUACUCGAACGACUAACACGUUUGUUCUAUACCUCAGAUGAGCCUGAGCUCAAACACCUGAACCUCGUCAAAGAUCCUCCAAGGGUUAAAAAUGCCUUGGCCAUCGGAGUUCAUGGCUAUUUUCCGGCACCACUGAUUCAAUCCGUCCUUGGUCGUCCAACCGGCACGUCUAUCAAGUUCGCCGACAUGGCGGCCAAAUCGAUCAAGCGCUACACGAAAGCUAAGGGGUAUGAAUGCAACAUCAAGACUGCAGCACUCGAAGGAGAAGGCAAGAUUCUGGAGAGACUUGACCUGCUGUGGAAGCUCUUGCUCAAUUGGAUUGAGGAGAUUCGCAAUAGUAAUGCUCGUGUCGGCAUCUGUGCCAUGGCCGGUGUCAACAUGGGCCCUUUCGCAGAAUUCAAGUCGCGUUGGAUAAGUGGCUCUGCUGGUGAACUUUUCGAAUUUGCUGAUCCCAGCAGCAAAGUGUCCACUGACUACUUGGCUGCUCUUGACGAAGUUCUCAAAUUUGGGGCCAGGUUAACUCUGACGGGUAGCAUUGAUGAUCAACUGGUAUCAAUGGAGUCGUCCAUGUUCGCACCUGUGUCACACCCACACAUCUUCCGUGCGGUGUCAAUCGACUCCCGCCUGCAUGCGCCAAGCUUCAUCUCUCAUCUCGUCGCCCUGGCCCUCAAGUUACGCAAUGUCGGUAUCCAGGACCAUGGUCUGAUUAAAGAGUUGUCUGCACCACUUGCUGGCAGCCUUUACACUGGUGAAGGGCACUCGCGCAUCUAUGAAGACGAUGCCAUUUACGAUCUUGCUGUUACUUUUGCACUGAACACGACCAGCAUACCGGGUGUGCAUAUCACGAAGCGCAAUAUAGAUUCUUCUGGGAGCAACCCGUACAUACUACCAUUUGCAAUGAGAGGUAUAUUAGAGGAAGACUUUGUAAAAUCUGAUCUACAACAAGAGGCGUCCGAGUUACUCAAGGAAUUUGACGACUGGAAGCCUCAAACCAAAGCACUCAAGGAUGUCAAGUUUCGGCUUGAGGGUAUACGUUCCAAGUUGUGA